CUCUCUCUCUCUCUCUGUGAACAAAUAUAUGAAGAUUUUCUGCUCAUCUUUGCUGUCAAAAAACCAUCCAAAAGCCGUCUAGCUUCGGCCAGAGACACAAUCACCACAACGGAGACGUCUUAAUGGACGGCCACGAUUACUCCGGCGACCCCAUCGUCGCUGAUAUGGCUAAACAAAGAAGGAAAGUGACAGGAAGCUUCGGGUGUUUGUCUCCAUGGUCGAUUUUCUCUCACUGGCUUUGCUGGUUGGACAAGAAGUCCAAAGGGCAAAGAAGAAGACUGGAGAGAGAGAAAGUUGAGAAACCAAAGAAUACGGAGAAAGCGAAAGGCCAAUGCUCCUCUUCUGCCUCGGACGAGUCUGGACAAUAUACAAAUAAUGAAGCCUCUUUCAACGUGGGAGUUGGAUUUGGUUUAGUGUAUCUUAUGGCUGCUAGUACAAAUGAAGUUAAGAAGAUGAUGGAGCUACGGACCCAAAUGGAAAUGCUUCUUCAAAAUCUCAGAGAGAAACUACCGAUCCAAUGGAAAGAUACACUUAAGCCAUCUGCAUCAAAUAUAGAAACCAAUCCAGUCUGUAGUCGAUCUCUCAAUUGUGAUACAUCUAACCAAGAAACAUCAACAGAUGGUAUGGAGCAUCUUGAGGCAGAACUUGAAGCUGAAUUAGAGCGUCUUGAGCUCCACUUGGAUACGGAAGUCAUGGGGAAAUACACAGAACAGGAAAGGAUUGAGAGGCGAUUGUGCGAAAUUCUAGAAUUGAGACAGCAAGAAAGGAUAAAAGAGCUUGAAGCAGCUUUAGAAUGUGCCAUGGACAAGCUUAAUGAGACGGAAAGAGAAGUGGCUUGGUGGAGAGACACUGCAAGACUUAUUUCCCAGCGUCUUCCAGACACCCCUCCGUUAUUGAAGUGA